AUGGCUCGGGCCUCCGGGCCGCGCCAGCCGGUGGGCUGCGAAGCUGCGGGUCCGGGGCCUGGCGGGCCGCGCGGCGCUGCUUCCGCGCCGUCCCCGCGCCCGGGCGGGCCCCUGCACUCCUGCGCUGCGCGCUCCGCGGCCGCCGGGCCAGGGUGGGCGCGGGGGUGGGCGCCCCGAGCCGAGCGACGGCGGUGGAGGGCUCAGGCGCUGCGGCGGCCCGGCCCAGCCCUGCGCGCCGCCAUGUUGGCCUCCUCCUCCGCCUCCGCCUCCUCCGGCCCGCGGGGCCGCGCCUCCGCUCCCGGAAGCCGUACGAGAGGCCUCGGGGCCCGCCGGUCACGGAUGUUAAACCAAUCUUGCAUUCUGGGAUAGAGCCCACUUUAUCAUGGUGAUACUACUUUAUAUAUGUUACUGGAUUUAGUUUGCUAAUAUUUUGCUUAAAAACACAGUAAUAAUGUUGGGGAAAGAGAGCAAUUACUUUUAGAGGAAUCUAGAGUCUGAUUAUUUACUGCAAAAAAAAAAAAAUCAGUAUGAAAAAACGGAGAAAUCUAGAAGAAGGAAGAGGAAAAGGUAAUUUUAAGUCCAAGCCUCCUCCCACCCUUUAAUAAAGAAAGCAUAUUGCCAAAUGGGGAGUCAUUUAAAAGUUACUGUGUGGGCUUCCCUGGUGAUGCAGUGGUUAGGAAUCCGCCUGCCAAUGCAGGGAUCACGGGUUUGAGCUCUGGUCCAGGAAGAUCCCACAUGCUGCAGAGCAACUAAGCCCGCGCGCCGCAACUACGGAAGCCCUUGCGCCCUAGAGCCCUUGCUCCACAACAAGAGAAGCCACUGCAAUGAGAAGCCUGCGCACCGCAACAAAGAGUAGCCCCCACUCGCUGAAAUUAGAGAAAGACCUCGCGCAGCAACGAAGACCCAACG